GCCACCAUGGAUUGGCAGCGGCACUUACCGACGCUCCUCACCGUGCUGCUGGUCGCGCUCUCGCUCACCCCCGACGUCAUUCGUCCCUUCACCGCAUCCAAGCAGCCAUCCGAUCGUGCGACCGCCACCACCGCCGCGCCUGACGCUGCUUCCGCUGGUUCGCCGUCGAGUGUAUCGCCAGGCUCCACUGGGGGCGGUGUCAUGUUCGCUUCAGCGUCAGCCGUGCCUAAUCGCAACCAUGUUCAUAACCUCUUAAUCUCCUUCUGCACCUCCUGAUCCUACAGGGGGGUGGCGCAGCAGGUUCGGCAGAUCCUCGCGGAUCGGUAUCCGGACCUGGAGGUCAGCCUCGGCAACCACCCGCCCCCCGCGUACUGCCGGCUUCUCGCGAAGCUGCUCUCCGCCGCGCAGAUGGCGGCGCUCGCCGUGAUCUUCGGCGGGGACUCCGUGCUGCCCGUCGUCGGCUUCCCCCCGCCCUUCCCUCAAUGGUACGAGCAGAUCCGAGCCAACCGGCUAGGCUCGGCGGCGACAGUGUGGAUUGUUGGCAACGUGAUGCACGGGUCUCUGGCCAGCACUGGCGCGUUCGAGCUUGUCUUGGACGGCCGCACGCUCUUCUCCAAGCUGGCAGAGGGGCGCAUGCCACAUAUGAAUGAAAUCAUCGCAUUGGUGGACGAGCACAUGCUGCAGGGUAACCACAUGCAGCAGUAACCACAUGCAGAGUAACCAUGUGCAGCAGUAAGUGAAUGUCACCAUUUCAGCAGCAGCAGCAGCAGCAGCAGCAGCAAGCAGCAGCAGCAGUAGGGGUGGCGUGCCUCGAGGUAGGUGAAGACUAGGCAGGCACGUGUGUGGUGUGUGGGAGGUGGUGGCGUCGGCACGGUCGAGCGUUUUAUGACAGCAUGGCCACAAACCAAUUCCCUUGGCUGGCUCAUGCUCGAUCCUCCUCUGCCAGUGCUGUCGCCAUCCAUCACCACUCUGCCACACAGCUGCCUCCUCUUUUUCAUCUCCAGGCGCGUUUCUACAGCUUGGAGGGUUUGGCUGGGCAUGUGAGAGAGCACGGCAGUUGCUCCGGUCGUCACUUCUAAUGUGUGUGAAUCAUCGUAUGUAUGCUGACUGAAUUGUGCUCCACUGUAUUGAUGCACUUCUGGCUGACUAUUCUGGAAUUGGUCUUGACCGACAACUGUUCCUUAGAGUUUUCCGUUCAGUCCAUCCUUCGUUAUUGGAACGCCGCUCUCACGUUAUUGGUUCAUUCGUG